AUGUCCAAAGAGAUCAAAUCACUGGUUACCAUUUCCCAAGAAACGUUGUCCCGACAUCUCGAUGGUCUCGACGACGUUGGGAGCACCCCAUAUUCCCUCCUGUACCCAGCGUUACGCAAAGCGACACCCAGACAAUUGCUGUGCAUAGAGAAAGCGAACCCCCAUCUAGUAUCAGAAUCUAAUGAGUUAUGGCUCGAUCAUUGCUUGUCAUACAUGGACAUUCGUGAAGCAUAUCAGCAAGGAGAGCACCGCGAUCCAACAAAGUGGCGAAAGACAUACAUGCAACGGUUCAAAGAAAACGAACGGAAGCGGGAAAUGAUCAGUGCAAAAGUUAAAAAGCGAUAUGCAAAGAUUCAAGAUGAAAAGGCUGCUCGAUCCAUCAAAGUCCUGAGCGGCCAUGUCCCUACACACGGUCGUGGAAGUGCCACUUACGAUUCAGCCAGGCGUAGUCAGACGAGCCGAUUAUUCCAAGAGACCCGCAAAGCUGCUGACCGGACACACGCCAUGUACAGACAGCCACAAAAGCAUCCAAUGCGCACACAAUCAACGACUCCAGCUUCUUCCUCCUCAUCACCCACACCUUCUAUUGUCCAAGUAUCCACACCAUCUUCGUCAUUAUCACAAGCAUAUCACAAUCUAUGGCAACAGCACAACAGACCUCCACCUCGGCAGGCGUCUUAUCCACCGCUUGUGCCACCACCACAUCGCCUCCAGCAACAACAACAGCCCCUCAGGCCGCCUGAAAAGAAGCCGCUCGAUCCAAUUUCAAAGUCUGUUUCAUCCAACAUACCUAAACGACGACGACGGACAAUGGAAGAACCGACAUCAAGCCCAAGAUCAACGAUCUCCACUACUCCCAGUUCAUCAACAUCACCUUCUCCACAAAGGCCUUCCUCGACCACGUCAAAAAAGCCUGCAGCACUAGUGAAUUACGAUAUCUUCAAACAGUUGUCAUAA